AUGGACGAGAUUCGCAAGAUUCCGCCCGUCACCCGGUCCCUUUUGGGCGCCACCGGCCUCGUCACUAUCCCCUGCCUCCUCGCCAUCAUGACGCCCUACAAGAUCAUGCUCAGCUGGCCCCUCGUCACGCGCAGGUACGAGAUAUACCGCAUCCUCACCUCCUUCUUCUUUGGCGGACAGGGCCUCGCCUUUCUCUUCGACUCGUUCCUCCUCUUCCGCAACUCUUCGGAUCUCGAGCUAUCGCAUUUUGCGCGUCGCACCGCCGACUAUGCAUGGAGCCUGAUCGUCAUGGGCGCCGCCAUCCUCGCCACAAAUUACCCGCUCCAGUCGCCCGUCCUCUUCAGCCCCAUGCUCAACGCCCUCACCUACCUCUGGUCGCGCACCAACCCGGACGGUCGCGUCUCGUUCUUCGGAUUCAUCACCAUCCCUGCACCCUGGCUGCCGUACGCCUACCUCUUCCUCGACCUCGUCCGCGGCGGACCUUCGCUGAUGAUUCAGUCGGGCACCGGCAUCAUCUCGGCGCACCUUUACUGGCUCCUUGCCGAGAUCUGGCCGGCCACCAAUGGAGGCCGCGGACCCCGGCUCCUCGAAACGCCCGCGCUGCUGCGCCGACUCCUUCCGGACAGCCAGGAUCCUAGCAUGGCAGGGCAGAACAUUGGCGACCGUCAGGGCAGGCGCACCGGCGCCGGCACAGCCUGGAACGCUGCAACGAGGGGAAAUCGGCUCGGAGACGGUGUCGCAAGACAGCAGGGGCCCGGUCUCUGGACCUCGAUCCGUAGAUCAAUUCCUUCGCCGGGCUGGAACGGUCUCGGCAUCUGGAGGAGGCCGAGGGACACUUCUGCCAGAGCUGGUACAGGACCGGACCGCGAGGCGAUGCUGGCGGCCGCGGAACGGAGACUGCGUGCGCAGCAAGCCAACUCAAUCGUCGGCCGCAACCUCUCUUCGUCCUUGUCCUCGGCCUCCACCGCGCAGGUGCCUCGACCGCAACCGGCGGGGUCCAACGCAGAUGCCACCUCGUCGAGCUCGGUCAAUGCUCGCGCCUCGAACCCAUCCGCUUCUGCCGCGGUGAGGCGGACAGCAGCAGCGUCCGGCCAGGGCAACGUCAUCGGCUUUGGACAGCUGCGAGACAGCAGCGCAAAGCCAGAGGACGGCGAAGAGGACCAUUCGAGCUCGGGAGGAAGGGUGGCGGAAAAGCGACGAAAGGCGCCCACGCCGGACUCGUCGUCGGAAGAGGAGAGGCGCCAGCAGCAGGCGGCGCAGCAGCGCCACCAGUGGGGCGCCGCCGGCAGGAAGCUGGGCGAGUGA